AUGACAUUAGGGUUUAUGGUGUGGUGGCUGGGAUUCGAGAUUUUACAGCUGGUAACAUUGGAGUCGACCCAUGUGGUUGGGGGAUGGGAGGUGUGUUGGCAUUGGGGAUUUUUUAUGGUAGUAUUUGGAGAGAAGAAUUUGAAAAAAUGUGUUGAAUAUCUGGAAAAUAGUGAAACGGUUGUAGCAAUGCUAGGAAAUGGGUGGUGGUUCAAUGAUGGGGAUAGAUGGGAGGCGUUCAGUGGUCAAGAUAUUCAAGCUAUUAAAUUUACUCAUGUUUCCAAUGAUGCUGGUGUAACUAGGAGACUGAAUGUUGACUGGUUUGAGCAUGAUUCUGGACAACAAGAAGGUUCUGCGAUUGGUUUUAAGGGAGAUGAUAAACCCAAUUUCAUUGGGUCAUUCUAUUCCAAGACCAAGGCUAUGUGUUUGGUAUAUUGGAAUCAAGGAAGGAAUGAAAUGGUUCAUUCCAUUGGAAUGUUUGAAGGAAUGCAAUGGGCUAUUCCGAUUCCUUCUAUUUUGUUACUUUCAUUUCCUUAG